UGAGAAAUGGUUGGAGAAGACAAGAGAGCCAAGCAAGUGUCUUCCUUAUCUAUCUCUUUACCAAAAGAUAAUACAAAUUCUUACUACUUCUUUUCUUCGUUACCCCAAAUUGCGCCGCCAUUAAAAAAGAAAAGAGCUUAGCUAAUCGCUAUCGUCAUCCGCAACUCUCACCCAUCCUCUCUCACUUUCCCCCGCAUCUUCUUCUUCUUCUUCUUCUUCUUCUUUUUCUUCUUCUCUUCCUUGAUAAAGCCUCCGAUCUCUCACCUACUAAUCGAAGAACCCAAGUGGGAGAUCGUGGACUAGAAAUCUACCCCAAAGUUUUGAUUUUUCGAUAAGGGUUUCUCUUUAUUUUUUCAUAAAACAAUGUCUUCGAUCAAUCUAUCGUCAUCGUCUCCUUCCACCAUCUCUCUUUCCCGCUCAAGACUGAGCCAAAGCUCUACUACAUUGCUCCAUGGACUACAGCGUCUUAGUUUACCACCUAACCACUCAUCAUCAUUUGCCAUUAAAACCACUGGAAAAGUUAUGGCUCAAGUGAUCUCUAGAGAAGAUGAUCUGCUCUCAUUCACCAAUGGGUCUCUCGCUGAUGAUCGGACCGAACAACCGUUGCAGGCUGAUUCUGUUUCACUUGGAACACUUGCUCCAGAUUCAGCUCCUGCACCAGCCAAUGGAUUUGUUUCUGAAGAUGAUGACUUUGAGUUGGAUUUACCAACACCAGGUUUCUCUUCAAUCCCUGAGGCCAUUGAAGAUAUACGCCAAGGAAAGCUUGUGGUGGUUGUGGAUGAUGAAGAUAGAGAAAAUGAAGGGGAUUUGGUAAUGGCUGCUCAGUUGGCAACACCUGAGGCUAUGGCUUUUAUUGUGAAACAUGGAACUGGGAUAGUUUGUGUGAGCAUGAAAGAUGAUGAUCUCGAGAGAUUGCACCUUCCUCUAAUGGUGAAUCAGAAGGAGAACGAAGAAAAGCUCUGUACUGCAUUCACAGUGACUGUGGAUGCUAAACAUGGUACAACAACUGGAGUAUCAGCUCGUGAUAGGGCCACGACGAUAUUGUCUCUUGCAUCAAGAGAUUCUAAGCCCGAGGAUUUCAACCGUCCAGGUCAUAUCUUCCCCCUGAAGUAUCGGGACGGCGGGGUUCUGAAAAGGGCUGGACACACUGAGGCAUCUGUUGAUCUUACUGUUUUAGCUGGACUGGAUCCUGUUGGAGUACUUUGUGAAGUUGUCGAUGAUGACGGUUCAAUGGCUAGAUUACCAAAACUCCGUGAAUUUGCCGCCGAGAAUAACCUGAAAAUUGUUUCCAUUGCAGAUUUGAUCAGAUAUAGAAGGAAGAGAGAUAAACUUGUAGAACGUUCUUCUGCAGCUCGGAUCCCAACAAUGUGGGGACCUUUCACAGCUUACUGCUAUAAGUCCAUAUUAGACGGAAUAGAGCACAUUGCAAUGGUUAAGGGUGAGAUUGGUGACGGUCAAGACAUUCUCGUGAGGGUUCAUUCUGAAUGUCUCACAGGAGACAUAUUUGGGUCUGCAAGGUGCGAUUGCGGGAACCAGCUAGCUCUUGCGAUGCAGCAGAUCGAGUCUACUGGUCGCGGUGUGUUGGUUUACCUUCGUGGACAUGAAGGAAGAGGGAUCGGUUUGGGACACAAGCUUCGAGCUUACAAUCUGCAAGAUGCUGGCCGAGACACGGUUGAAGCUAACGAGGAAUUAGGACUUCCUGUUGAUUCUAGAGAGUAUGGAAUUGGUGCACAGAUACUGAGGGAUUUAGGCGUGAGGACGAUGAAGUUGAUGACAAAUAAUCCAGCUAAGUACGUAGGCCUGAAGGGAUAUGGGUUAGCAAUUGUUGGGAGAGUCCCUCUAUUGAGUCUCAUCACAAAGGAAAAUAAGAGAUACUUGGAGACAAAGCGGACCAAGAUGGGUCACAUGUAUGGGUUGAAGUUCAAAGGGGAUGUUGUGGAGAAGACUGAGUCUGAAUCUGAGUCCUAAGCUUGCAAAACCAUGAAGAACAGAAUCAAAUCAAGAAAUAUAGAUACAAUACUUGAAGAACGAGGAAAGAAAUUGACACAGAAGAAGAAGAAAAAGACUUUUGAUCUGUCAGAGAAACUUGAUUAGAGUGGUUUAUGUUCUAAUCUAAUGUCUGAUUUAUUUGUUUCCCUACAAUUCUUGUGUUUUACAAAUUUUUUCAUCAUUUGUUAGUUGUUGUUGUCUGAAUUUGAGAAUAGUUGUGGAGCUGUGAAAAAGAGGCCAGCUUUGAAGUGUGUCAUCAUCCUUUUGGUUGAUUCGUUGUAAAACCUUUUUUUCUAACAUUUAAAAUAAGUGAAAAUUCAUAUUUUUUUUUUAUA